AUGAAAACUAAUUCAUUAUUUUCUUACAAAAUUCCUAAUUCCUUAUCACCAUCGAAUUUCUCUAAAUAAUUGAUUUUCUAACAAAAAUAACUAUGUCUAUCAAAAGUACAAAAAUAGAUGCAAAAUCUUAAUGAUCCCUUUAACUCUACUUAAAUAUCAAAAGCACUUCGAAAUUUAUAAACUCAGCAAUAAAGAAAGAAACUAUUAGAUUCUAUAAUUAAGAUGAGAGAGACUAAAAAAUAAGAAGAAGAGAAAUUAAAACAAUAGUAGUUAUAAAAGUUAUGGGAAAAGGCAAAUCAUACAAAUAGUAAAAAACUUAAUACAGAUUAUUUCUAUCAUAGGGAUUUAGAUGAUUUCGAAUCAAUAAAAUAAUAAAGAUUUAGAUUUGAAUCAGAAAGAAUUGAGAACUUUUAUUUAAGAAAUGAAGAAAAUCAUCAUAAUAUACAUAGAAUAAGUAGUCUAAAUUGUUUAACUACAGAAUUUGUUAAUUAAAGAAAAGUAAUUUAGGCAACAAGUAGAAGGACUAGAAAACAUUUAACAUAUGUUUAAAAUAAAAUAGGAGAGUUUAAUAGAUAUACUCCUUUGAUUAAUGAAACAUGA